AUGGAAAUGGACAAUGCGAGCUUUCCCAACACUUUUGUCCUGCUGGGCUUCUCAGAGUUUCCAUGGCUGGAGAGGCCCCUCUUUUCAGUGGUCCUGGUCUCCUACAUCCUCACUCUGGUGGGGAACAGCUCCAUCAUCCUCCUCUCCCUAAUGGAUCCCAGACUGCAGACACCCAUGUACUUCUUCCUGGACAACCUCUCUCUGCUGGACCUCGGUAUCACCUGCACCACUGUGCCCCAGCUUCUGGCCAAUCUGUGGGGACCAGACAAGACCAUUGCUGCCUGGGGAUGCAUCACACAGCUCUAUGUUUAUACCUGGACAGGAUGCACUGAAUGCAUCCUGCUGGCCGUGAUGGCCAUUGAUCGCUAUGUGGCCAUCUGCCAGCCCCUCCGGUACACUCUCAUCAUGCGUCCCUGGGUGUGUGUGCAGAUGGCAGCUGCAUGCUGGUUAACUGGCUUGGGCAGUACGCUACUCCAUACCACACUGACCCUACAGCUCCCAUUCUGUGGGCACCACCCCCUGGACCACUUCUUCUGUGAGGUGCCUGUCCUCAUCAAGCUGGCCUGUGGGGACACCUCUGCUAAUGAACUGGCCUUGGCUUUGGGAGCAAUACUUUUUACCCUAGUGGCUCCCCUGAUGGUGGUCAUCUCCUACACCCUCAUUGGUAGGGCUGUUCUGAAGUUACCUUCAGCUGAAGGCAGGCACAAAGCACUCAGCACCUGCAGUUCCCACUUACUGGUGGUCACCUUGUAUUUUGGACCAGGCAUGUACAUGUACCUCCAGCCUCCAGCCAAGAGUUCUCAGGCCAAGUUCAUGUCCUUCUUCUACUGUGUUAUCACCCCAGUACUUAAUCCACUCAUCUACACCCUGAGAAACAAUGAUGUGAAGACGGCAUGGAAGAGGAUCCUGCAGUCACAGAAUUGUGUAGAGUCUUUAAAAUCCAGAGGACAGAUACAAAAUUAA